AUGAGCCAACAAGGCAAGCCGCCCUAUCCCCCGUUUACCGCCGAGACGGCCAGGAUCAAGGUCAAGGCAGCACAGGAUGCCUGGAACACAAAGGAUCCUGAUGUCAUCAAGAUGGCGUACACGCCCGACUCGAUCUGGCGCAACCGCGACCAGUUUCUCGUCGGCCGCGAUGCCAUCAGGGAAUUCCUCUCCAAGAAGUGGGACAAGGAGCAGGGAUAUCGCCUGCGCAAGGAGCUGUUUGCCUUCACCGACGACAAGAUCGCCGUGCAGUUUUGGUACGAGUGGCACGAUGAGUCGGGCCAGUGGUGGCGCACCUACGGACUCGAGGACUGGACGUUUGCCGACAAUGGCUUGAUGAGGAAGCGCCAGAUGAGUGGAAACGAUGUCAAGAUUGCCGAGGAGGAGCGAUGGUACAAGGAUGGUGUCGACGUGAAUAGCGUCGAAAUAUCGGAGAGGCAUUGGUAG